UUGUGUGUGUGCUGUGUGUGUGUCUGUGUGUGUGUUUUGUGUGUGUUUGUUUUUGUGUGGUGUGUUCGUGAGUGUGUGUGUGAGUGUUUGCGUUUGUGUGAUCCUUUGUGAAUUUUUGUGUGUGUGUGUUCAUGUGUGUGAUUGUGUUUGUGCGUGCGUGUGUGUGUCUGUGUGUGUGUGUGUCUUCAACACAUCAAUGCUGUAGAGAUCAAAGUAAACGUGACAUCAUCGACAUGACAUCACCAACAUUCAUCACAUCAAAGCUUUCUGUGUUCUGAUGUCGAUGUGACAUCAUCAGCAUUCUGUUCUAUUUUAUAUAUAGAAGCCAAGAAUGAAUUCUGAACUGUUUGAGAUAGAUAGAUAGAUAGAUAGAUAGAUAGAUCUAGGUGGACUAAUGAGAGCUAGGUGGACUAAUGAGCUAAUUGAUCUAACGUAGUGACAAGAAGCCCUGUAAACUGUCCACUUAUAUUUAGAAAACUGUCAACAAGUGACAGCAUUUGACAGGAAUGGCAGGUCGAAACUCUCAACCCUCCAGCAGGGAGGAGAAGAACUCAGAGUCUACAGGCUCUUCAAGCGUCUCCAGUACAUCUGAAAUUGCAGAGGUCCUCUUCUCACAGAUUCUGGAUCAGAGUUACUGCAAUGUCACGGAGCUGGUGCAGGACGUCUCUCGAUGGAAGGCUGAGGAAAGCUCCAAGACAGAGCAAGAAACCACAGUGGCAAGUAGGGUCGGCCAAAGGGUGGAGCGACAUUUGACGAGGUUUUUUGGCCUCCGUAAAGUGUUCGCAGAACACAGAGGAUCUACACAGGAAGAGAUGGAUUCAACACCCGGACCAUCAGGACAAGGUUCGCAGACGACUGCUGAUUCUGAUGAGGAAUCUGCCGGCAAAAGCUUGUCUAUAUUCAAGCGUGUCAAGUUCUUCUUCCAACGGGGAAAACAGGCAGCAGAACAGAAUUUGGACAGCUCUUCAAGUCCUGACGACCAGAGCUCUGAUUCAAAGAAGUCGGCUGGUCAUGUAGAGUUUGAGAACAUUGCAGUGCAGCAGACCUCAACUCCCCCACCCACCCAAUCCUUCCAGCCAGAGCAGCAUCAUGUGGUGAGGGUCUUAUCACCAGGACCCACUUCAGCAGGAAAUAUAAAUGAGAUGAUGGGGUCAGCCAGCAGCGACCUAAAAUCUGAUCAUCUGGAUGUGUCUGCCGAUAUCAGCCAGAACACUGUGACUGUCAGCACACAGGAGUGUUGUGACAGCACGGCUGAGAAAUCGCCAAGCGGUAUGGUAGACACAGUCAUUAAAAAUGUGAAGUCUGUGUUUAAGCUCUUUGGGGGACCAAAGAGAAAGUCAACAGAGCAGAAUGUGGAGGACACUGUUGAGUCUGAAACCAGUGACUCAAAGUCUGGCUCUCCCACUGCCUCAGUUGACUUCAGUGCAGACAUCAAGCCUGAAAACAUCACAACAGACGCCUACAACAUUGACCAGGAACGUCUCACAAGGAUUGAUUCACCCAACUGUGAGUCUCCUGUAAAAACGUCUCCCACGGUCUCAGCUGGCUCCAGGGACGUCUUGGUUGCUGAGGAGGCUGAACUGACAUCUGUCUCUCAGAAAUUGAUGGACGUGGCAGUUGAAGAUUUGCAACCAGAGAUUGUCAGUAAAGAAUUGAUGAAGGACAGCCUCUGCACAGACAUGGGUGAAACACCCGGACGCUCUCAGGUGCUCCAAGGAGAGGAACAUGUCGACGAGGAUGAAAAUGUCAGCCAGAAAACUGUGACUGUCAGCACACAGGAGUGUUUUGACAGCACAGCUGAGAAAUCUUCAGGAAAAAUGGUAAGCACAGUCAUUAAAAAUGUGAAGUCUGUGUUCAAGCUCUUUGGGGGACCAAACAAAAAGUCAACAGAGCAGAAUGUGGAGAACACUGUUGAGUCUGAAACCAGUGACUCAAAGUCUGGCUCUCCCACUGCCUCAGUUGACUUCAAUGAAGACAUAAAGCCUGCUGAAGAAGAAGUUCAGACCUCUGUCCCUUUGGAAAAGGCUGAUUGUUGGAGUAAUCAGAACGUCACACCAGAGGCCAAGAAGGUUGACCAGGAACGUCUCACAAGGAUUGAGUCACCCAACUGUGAGUCUCCUGUAAAAACGUCUCCUACGGUCUCAGCUGGCUCAAUGGAUGUCUUGGUUGCUGAGGAGGACGAACUGACAUCUGUCUCUCAGAAAUUGAUGGACGUGGCAGUUGAAGAUUUGCAACCAGAGAUUGUCAGUAAAGAAUUGAUGAAGGACAGCCUCUGCACAGACAUGGGUGAAACACCCGGACGCUCUCAGGUGCUCCAAGGAGAGGAACAUGUCGACGAGGAUGAACAUGUCAGCCAGAAAACUGUGACUGUCAGCACACAGGAGUGUUUUGACAGCACAGCUGAGAAAUCUUCAGGAAAAAUGGUAAGCACAGUCAUUAAAAAUGUGAAGUCUGUGUUCAACCUCUUUGGGGGACCAAACAAAAAGUCAACAGAGCAGAAUGUGGAGAACACUGUUGAGUCUGAAACCAGUGACUCAAAGUCUGGCUCUCCCACUGCCUCAGUUGACUUCAAUGAAGACAUAAAGCCUGCUGAAGAAGAAGUUCAGACCUCUGUCCCUUUGGAAAAGGCUGAUUGUUGGAGUAAUCAGAACGUCACACCAGAGGCCAAGAAGGUUGACCAGGAACGUCUCACAAGGAUUGAGUCACCCAACAGUGAGUCUCCUGAAAAAACGUCUCCUACGGUCUCAACUGGCUCAAUGGAUGUCUUGGUUGCUGAGGAGGAUGAACUCACAUCUGUCUCUCAGAAAUUGAUGGACGUGGCAGUUGAAGAUUUGCAACCAGAGAUUGUCAGUAAAGAAUUGAUGAAGGACAGCCUCUGCACAGACAUGCGUGAAACACCCGGACCCUCUCAGGUGCUCCAAGGAGAGGAACAUGUCGACGAGGAUGAAAAUGUCAGCCAGAAAACUGUGACUGUCAACACACAGGAGUGUUUUGACAGCACGGCUGAGAAAUCUUCAGGAAAAAUGGUAAGCACAGUCAUUAAAAAUGUGAAGUCUGUGUUCAAGCUCUUUGGGGGACCAAAGAAAAAGUCAACAGAGCAGAAUGUGGAGGACACUGUUGAGUCUGAAAGCAGUUACUCAAAGUCUGGCUGUCCCACUGUCUCAGUUGACUUCAGUGAAGACAUCAAGCCUGCUGAAGCAGCAGACCACACCUGGAAGAAUGAAAACGUCACAACAGAGGCUGAAAACGUUGACCAGGAACGUCUCACAAGGAUUGAUUCACCCAACUGUGAGUCUCCUCAAAAAACGUCUCCCACUGUCUCAGCUGGCUCCAGGGACUUCUUGGCUGCUGAGGAGGCUGAACUAACAUCUGCCCCUCUAAAAGUGAUGGACUUGGCAGUUGACAACUUGCAAUCAGACAUGGGUGAAACAUCCGGACCCUCUAUGGUUCUUCCAGGAGAGGUACAUGUUGACGGGGAUAUCAGGUCAGCAAGCAGGGACUCGGUAUCUAAACAUCUGGAUGUAUCCACAGACAUAGAUGAUGAGAAGGUCAGCCAGAGCACUGUGACUGUCAGCACACAGGAGUGUUGUGACAGCAAUGUUGAAGAAUCCUCAGGAACAAUGGUAAACACAGUCAUUAAAAAUGUGAAGUCUGUGUUUAAGCUCUUUGGGGGACCAAAGAAAAAGUCAACAGAGCAGAAUGUGGAGGAGGCCGUUGAGUCUGAAACCAGUGACUCGAAAUCUGGCUCUCCCACUGCCUCAGUUGACUUCAGUGAAGACAUUAAGGCUGCUGAAGAAGAAGUCCAGACCUCUGUUCCUCUGGAAAAGGCUGAUUAUUGGAGUAAUGAGAACGUCACACCAGAGGCCAAGCAGGUUGACCAGGAACGUCUCACAAGGAUUGAGUCACCCAACUGUGAGUCUCCUGAAAAAAUGUCUCCCACUGUCUCAGCUGGCUCCAGGGACUUCUUGGCUGCUGAGGAGGCUGAACUGACAUCUGUCUCUCUAAAAGUAAUGGAUUUGCCACCAGUGAAUGUCAGUGAAGAAUUGAUGGAUGACAGCCUCUGCACAGACAUGGGUGAAACACCAGGACCCGCCCAGAUGCUCCAAGGAGAGGUACAUGUCGACGAGGAUGUCAGGUCAACCAGCAGGGACUCGACUUCCAAACAUCUGGAUGUGUCCCCGGACAUAGAUGAUGACAAUCUCAGCCAGAACACUGUGACUGUCAGCACACAGGAGUGUUGUGACAGCACGGCUGAGAAAUCGUCAAGUGGUAUGGUCAACACAGUCAUUAAAAAUGUGAAGUCUGUGUUCAAGCUCUUUGGGGGACCAAAGAGAAAGUCAACAGAGCAGAAUGUGGAGGAGGGUGUAGAUUCUGAAAGCAGUGACUCAAAGUCUGGCUCUCCCACUGCCUCAGUUGACUUCAGUGAAGACAUCAAGCCUGCUGAAGAACCAGACCAGACCUCUGUCCCUCUGGAGAUUACGGAUUCUUGGAAUGAUGAGAACGUCACGACAGAGACCGACAACAUUGACCAGGAACGUCUCACAAGGAUUGAGUCAUCAAACUGUGCAUCUCCUAAACAAACCUCUCCCACUGUGUCAGCUGGCUCCAGGGGGAGCCAUGUCGAAGAGGAUGUCAGGUCAGCCAGCAGGGACUCUGCAUCUAAAAACGCUUAUCGGGCAAAAUCUGGACCUCCAUUUCAGGCAGAGAUGACCUCCGUAGAGAUGGAUUUCAGAUCAAAACCAACAGAGACUGUUGGCCCAGCACCAGAAAAGGAUUUGGAUGUUGAGUCAGAAAAUGGUGAUUCAGAGUCUGAAGGUCCUCAUCAGGCAUCUCCCACUGCCUCAGUCGGCUCCAGUAAGGACAUCAGUCCUGCUGAGGAAGCAGUCCUUCCUUUUGUCCCUCUGGAGAUGACUGACAAUGUGAAGUAUGAGGAUGUCCAACCAGAGACUGAAGAGCUUUACCAAGACUGUCUCCAUGUCUUACCAAGCACAGAUUCAGCAGAGCAUCCAGUUUCUUCUGUGACUGAGGAAGACCUGGAAUCAACCCCUGGACCUUCAGGACAGACAGGACAUCCAGAGGGUCUCCAACAGGACCAUAUAGAAGCAGCAUUAGCCCAGCACCUGGGCCUGAGAAACAUCCUUAUCAGCAUCAUAACGAAAUUCUUUGACAGCCUUCCAAACGAGUGGGAUGAAAUCAGCAAAGGUGUUUUCAACAGUGAGGUGCAGGAGGAGCUGGUGAACAUAUCUGUACAGUUUCUAAGGAUGGUCAUAGAAGUUAUCACUGAUAUUCUCUCUGCGGCCAUGAAUGACCUUCCUCCCCAACCCGAUACCUCAGCCAGGAGCAGUCCCUUCUCUGGCCAGGCGUGUGGGGUGUUCGGCCAACGACGGCUCUCUGAGCUUCUUGGGGACAACUUUGUCAUCACAGAUGACCACCUCCAGCUGUGUUUAAAAAACGACUUUGUUGAGGCUUUCCGUGAAAUAGUUUGUGCGGACUUACCAGUGAACAUAACGCCGCAGUUCACGGGGAUCGUUGCAAGGGCACUCACUAAAGAGGUUGACUCUGUCCUGUCAGAGACAAUUAAAGCCUCACAGAGUGACAGAUCCUCAAAAGUCCACUCCACCUGCUUCAAGUCCUCUUGUUGCAGAGCAUGCAGGAAGGUGUUCGUUGCACAGACGCUGAAAUCCCUCCUCACUCAAUUUAAGACCUUUAUGACACCGAAACAUUUAGGUUGUGAGAGAAAGGACGUGAAAUCGACAGAGGAAACAAAGAAAGAGCAAAGGAAAAAGUCACCUUGGUGGAGUUGCUUUAGUCAGUUGAAAAAGAGAAACGUUGACGUAGUUUCUCGUGAAUGUCCUGGCAAUACUGACAGAUUGUCAUCUUCAAGCAAACUGCCCUCUGGCCACAAACAGGACAGUCUCUGCACUGACAUGGAUGAAACACCAGGACCCUCUGUGGUGCUUUCAGGAGCAGAACAUGUCGACGAGGAUGUCAGGACAGGCAACAGGGACUCGACAUUCAAAAAAACCUAUCAGGCAAAAUCUGGAUCUCCAUUUCUGGGAGAGGUGACCUCCAUAGAGAUGGAGAAUGUUGAGCCAGCACCAGAACAGGAUUCGGAUGUUGAGUCAGAAAGCGGUGAUUCAGAGUCUGACUCUUUAUGUUCUGAGGUCGACUCUGUCCUGUCAGAGACAAUUGAAGCCUCACUGAGUGACGGAUCCUCAAGAGUCCACUGCUUCAUGUCCUCUUGUUGCAGAGCAUGCAGGAAGGUGUUCGUUGCACAGACGCUGAAAUCCCGCCUCACUCAAUUUAAGACCUUUAUGACACCGAAACAUUUAGGUUGUGAGAGAAAGGACGUGAAAUCGACAGAGGACACAAAGAAAGAGCAAAGGAAAAAGUCACCUUGGUGGAGUUGCUUUAGUCAGUUGAAAAAGAGAAACCUUGACGUAGUUUCUCGUGAAUGUCCUGGCAAUACUGAAAGAUUGUCAUCUUCAGGCAAACUGUCCUCUGGCCACAAACAGGACAGUCUCUGCAGUGACAUGGAUGAAACACCAGGACCCUCUGUGGUGCUUUCAGGAGCAGAACAUGUCGACGAGGAUGUCAGGACAGGCAGCAGGGACUCGACAGUUAAAAAUACCUAUCAGGCAAAUUCUGGAUCUCCAUUUCUGGGAGAGGUGACCUCCGUAGAGAUGGAGAAUGUUGAGCCAGCACCAGAACAGGAUUCGGCUGUUGAGUCAGAAAGCGGUGAUUCAGAGUCUGACUCUUUACGUUCUGAGGUCGACUCUGUCCUGUCAGAGACAAUUGAAGCCUCACUGAGUGACGGAUCCUCAAGAGUCCACUGCUUCAUGUCCUCUUGUUGCGGAGCAUGCAGGAAGGUGUUGCAGAGAGUGAAAUCCCUUUUCACUCAAUUCAAGACCAAAUUGACGGCGGUACACACAAAGAUUAAACGGACAAAGGGGAGCGUUAACCCGGUUUCUUGUGAACGUAUGGACAAUCCUGACGGGUUGUCAUCUGGACACAAACUCCCCUCCUGUUCUCCAGACAAAUCUAUCCACUCAGGGAGCUCAAGUGAGUGGAGGUCCACCCCUCUGGUGUUAGUUGAUUAUGAAGAAGAGGAUAACAAUGACACAGCAGAGGACAGAGGAAACACCCCACCUUAAAACUCUCACACAGAGAUCUCAGAGAGAGCUCAUCCCUGUCCAAAACUCAACCUGAGGAGGGAAGCUCACCUGGUCUCUGGUCUAACACCUGUGAGAAGGACCAGAAGAUGUCAGCUCAGGAUGAGGUCACUGUCAAAAAAACAUCUCUGGUUGGCCCUGACUUCAUGACAAGACCUGAUACCCUAACUGUGUGUGUGUGUGUGUUUGUGUGUAUAUGUGGGUUUGUGUGUGCAUGUAUGUUUACGGCUGUGUGUGUGUCCGUGUGUGUGUGUGUGUGUCUGUGUUGUGUGCGUGUGUGGGUGGGUAUUUGUGUGUGUAUGUAUGAACGUGUGUGUGUUUGUUUCA